AAAUAUGGUAUUUACUCACUCAUAAGUGGAUAUUAGAUGUAAAGUAAAGAAUAACCAAGCAACAAAUCACAGUUCCAGAGGAGCUGGUCACAAGGAGGACUCUAAGAGAGUCCCAUGGAUCAGCCUGAGAAGGGGACUGAAAGAUGAGAUCUCCUGACUAAACUGGAGAAAGACAAAGAGUGAAAAGGAGGGAAGGGGACUGAGAAUAAAGGGAGCGAGUGGUUCUCCGAUUCUUCUGCUCUUGGGAACCUUUUCCUCCUAUAUUGGGUUGCCUCCCCCAACCCUCAUAUGAGGACUUGUACCUAAUUUUAUUGUGUGGCUUAAAUGGUAGCCCAUUUCCUACUUUCUUUCAUUUCCUUUGCACACAUUCUUUUACAUUUAGUUUGUUUCAGAUAAAGGGGAGACCCACCACAGACGACAAGGAAAGAGUCACAGUCACUACCUCAGCAAGGAUCAGAGACAGUAUACUUCCUGCCCCAGUGUGCUUGCUCCUGUACCUAUGUGAGCAGCAGACUUGUAGUGGAGGCGUUAGUUUAAACAUUAGCUGAGAGAAGUCUAGUCUAAAAAUCUUAGAUCACAAGCCAGUGCUUCAGUGUGGAUACGUUUGAUGCCCUUCAGGCAGCGGGUCCUGAGACAGAGAGGAGGAUAGACUGGUGUGUUUGAGGGCCUGGAGGAGGCAGAGAGAAGAUGGGCUUUUGCAUUCUGGAAACCUCCAGUUCGGCCUCACUUUAUGAGUCAUUAUGUUGUAACCACAAGCGUAGGGAUAAUAUUGUUACUGAGAACAUAAACAAAAAAGAGAGAUUACGGAUAAAUAGAAAAAUCUUUCUUAAAACGGAAAGUUCUAGCAUCUAUAAAGUGGUACUGGGAAAAUCUGAUUAAAAGGUGAGAGCUCACAUUGUACUACCAUCUUACAGCUGGGUGCAUUUUGUGUGAGCCAAGAGAAAUUAUUUGAAGAGCCUUCUAUUCAGGGUCCUUGGAAGUACAUACCAAGUGAGGAGACUGUGCGAAGAGAAAAGAAAGAGGGAACUCUGCAAUAUUCUAGAUGGUCCCUCAAUUAGACUAUGAUAAAGUAUCUGUCCUCAUCCCAUGGAGCUCCACAUUCAAGAAGAUCCCUGAACUAGAAUACACUGAAAUAUGUUCUCAUCCCAUAGAGCUCCACAUUCAAGACGAUACCUGAACUAGAAUACACUGAAAUAUGUUCUCAUCGCAUAGAGCUCCACAUUCAAGACGAUCCCUGAACUAGACUACAUUGAAGUAUCUGUCCUCAUCACACAGAGUUGCACACACCACCACGCUCUCCCAUUUCCCCCAAGUCUGCUGAACAAAAGGAGUACAACCCUACAGGAAUGGAUCCCACAGCAGUAGAUCCUCCUCUCAACAGCCUUUUCUUGAGCUGACAGAACUCCAUUCAAGGAAAGCUGGACAUCUUGGUAUCACCAUUGAUGAACUCAUUGAUUUCUCAAGUCAUUCGUCAUGUACGGAUUUUGAUUGGUCAGUCAUGACGGGCCGUGGGGUAUCUUCCUUCCUGUCUGUGUGUGAAUGUGUGGAGAAUUAAAAACUGGCUGCUGCCCUUUAUUUAUGCAAAGCCACCUCAGAAUCCAGUUUACCCUGUGCUCUCCAGCUUCUCCCUUGGGAAAACCAUUCCCCACCCCCACGCCUUCACACACACCUUUCUGUUCCUCAUCUUCACCUGCUUCCCUCAGAUCUCCACUCUAUUAGAAAAGAUAAAUCUCUGCCUACAUAGACUUUUUUAUUUAAACAAAGUAACUGUUGUUUACAGUGAGUUUGGGGGGGGGAUGACUUUCCUGGUUCUUGAAUCACAGGAUGCCACAUUUCAUAACUAUUCUUAAUGGUUAAAUAUAAGUAAAAAAUUUUAAAAAAAAAACUGCCUUCUUUCUCAACAGACUAACAGAGGCCUUCCAAAUUCCCUAAAGGGCACACAUGCCUCUGCCUUCAAAGGAUUCCUCAGAACCUGUGGGUGCAGUAUCCUACCCCACGGAGAAAGCUGUUCAGAAUUGCCUUUUCAGUGUUCAAUAACCAGAAUCAGGAAGAAGAUUGGAAGGAAUAGAGAGGAGAGAAGGGGCCCAAAUAAUUGUCCUUGACCCUGCAUGUGCUACCGGCCAGAGGCACAGACUCACUUCCCUCCUAAUAAGACACAGAAAUAACAAGGGCACUUAGACCUGCUUUAGGUGCUAUGCACAGGAAGGUGCCAUAUGAAUGAUCAUAGAUCCCUCAUGAUCACUUCCACUAUGUCAGGAGUCACAAGCCUGGCAAAAGGAAGUGAAUUAAACUAUUUCUCAGAAUAGGAAAGGGCUAAAUCCUUCAUCAAAGUCAAAUUUCAGAACUGAGGGUUCCGGGAAACAGGCUGACUCAGGAUGCUAAUACCUUAUCUACAGUGAAGUAUCCCAGGUUACCAUAAACAGAAAAGUAAAAUAGUAACAAUAAUAAUAUGCUUGUUGAUUGCAGUACAUUGAGCUCCAUAGAGACAGCGCCGGGGCAAGCGAGAGCCAGACGGGCACUGGGUGACUCUGUGCCUCGUGGACGAAAAUCAACUAAACAUGGGCAAAGGAGAGCCUAAGAAGCCGAGAGGCAAAAUGUCCUCGUAUGCAUUCUCUGUGCAAACCUGCCGGGAGGAACACAAGAAGAAGCACCCGGAUGCUUCUGUCAACUUCUCAGAGUUCUCCAAGAAGUGCUCAGAAAGGUGGAAGACCAUGUCUGCUAAAGAAAAGGGGAAAUUUGAAGACAUGGCCAAGGCUGACAAGGCUCGUUAUAAAAAGAAAAAUGAAAACCUACAUUCCCCCCCACACACCAAAGGGGAGACCAAAAAGAAGUUCAAGGACCCCAAUGCACCAAAGAGGCCUCCUUUGGCCUUCUUCUUGUUCUGUUCUGAGUAUCGCCCCAAAAUCAAAGGAGAACACCCUGGCUUAUCCAUUGGUGAUGUUGCAAAGAAACUGGGAGAGAUGUGGAACAACACUGCUGCAGAUGACAAGCA